AGAGAGAGGGAGGGAGAGCAGUGGCAGGGGAGAGGAGGAGGCGGGUGUCAGCGCUCUCUCUCUCCCUUAUUCUUUUUCCUCGUUAUACCAUGUCGUCCUCGGAUUUCGUGACGGAGGUGGAGGUCCAGCCGGAGAUCCAGGAGGUGGAGAUCGAGGCCAUACCAGUGGACAUGCCCGUGGACGCCAUCGAGACUUAUGAAGGGGAGCCCAUCAUCGCCCUGCAACAGCUACCUGAGCCCGGUCGAGAGGAGAUCAUUUUCCAGACCCAGGAGGAGGUGGUGGGCGAGCAGGAGAUACCCUACGAGAUCCCAGUCCCCGUGGAUCAUGACGUGUGCGUGGAGUCGUCCCCAGGCCCGUCCAAGCGCCAGAAAAAGGGUCAGAAGAGGAGACGUGAGGUGCUGGAGGAUUUCACCUCGGCCACCACCGCCUCCCUGGGACAGAAAUGGGAGCAGAAGCAAGUCCAGAUUAAGACCCUGGAGGGGGAGUUCUCCGUCACCAUGUGGUCCUCGGGGGUCGACGAAGAUGAGCUGAGUAACCCCGAGCCCGACCCGGACUACACGGAGUACAUGGCUGGCUCCAACAAGAAAUUGGCCGGCAUUCCGGGAGUUGACCUCUCGGACCCCAAACAGCUGGCUGAAUUCGCAAAGAUCAAGCCAAAGAAAGCCAGCAGUGAUGACAUAGCGCGCACUAUAGCCUGCCCACACAAGGGCUGUAACAAAAUGUUCCGAGACAACUCCGCGAUGAGGAAGCACCUACACACACACGGCCCACGUGUACACGUGUGCGCGGAGUGUGGCAAGGCAUUCGUGGAGUCCUCCAAGCUCAAGCGCCACCAGCUGGUGCACACCGGGGAGAAACCCUUCCAGUGUACAUUUGAGGGGUGUGGUAAACGGUUCUCUCUGGACUUCAACCUGCGUACACAUGUGCGUAUCCACACGGGUGACCGGCCAUAUGUGUGUCCAUUCGACGGGUGUAACAAGAAGUUUGCACAGAGCACGAACCUCAAGUCACACAUACUGACACAUGCCAAGGCCAAGAACAACAUGCGUGCGGCGGCUAGCACCACCCCACAGUACGAGACAGACUAUAACUCCACUCAGCAAUACGUCCAAGUGGAGAUGCCCUCACCUGACGACCAGCAGUUUGUCAUCUACACGAGCUAAUCCCUGAUGGCCUAGGAGGUGUGGGAGCAUGGGUGAUAUCCUUAUAGGGUAAGGGAGGGAGGGGACGAUGGGAUGGUUUAGGGUUUUAUGCCAAUGAGAUGCAAUAUUUGUGUCCCACUUGGUUUACUUUUUCCUUUAUAAAUUACUGUGUGUGUGUGUGUGUGUAUGUGUGUGUAUGUGUGUGUGUCAGUAUCUUGACUAUAUACACUCGACCCUCAAUCUCCUGGGCUAGGGGGAGCACCUGUUCAGGAACAACAAAAGUCCCUUCAAAGAUGUUUACAGUACUCGGUCUGGCAGUCACCAGUAUUCAGUACCUGCCUCGCACCAUUACCAUACUUUGUCCAGCACAUCUGAGAGAUUAAAUAAAACAAAUUACUUGAAGGCUUGCAGUACAUGUCAACAAAGCUGGUAACAAUGUCCACCAUUUUCUCUUUCAAUUUCAGGUGCUUAAGCUUAUAAUACAAUGCAAAUUAUUUAAUAAUAAGCUUCUUUCUAUAAAAAUCAGGUAAUAAAAAAUUAAACAAGUAAUAAAACUGGGUCAUAACUACAAUCAGCUGCUCAGCUGAUGAUGGUAAACAGACAAGAAUAUAUGCCACAAGAAGAAAAAGAAGCAGCACCUUAGUGAACCCGUUGUGGACAUUUCGUUGAAGACACAGAUAACUUAGAGAGGGUAAAGUACUAAUAACGAAUAAAAUUAUACGAAUUCAAUAACUGCACGAGAAUAUGAAACUUAGUGAAUUAGUAAACCCAAUGUGGCGGCAACAUUACCAUCACUGCCACCACAAUCGCCAUCUGCUGUAUGGCCAGACUUUUGUGUCAAUACCCACACUUGGCCAGGCAUAUGUCUGGUAACCACCUGGCUUAGCCAAACCACAGAAUUUUUACUUUGAUUCUGUUUCGGUUCCCGAACUUUACCGGGCACGUUUGACAAAAGCCAGACCCCAGAUUUUGUCUGGGAAAUCUGGUAUCCAGGAAGUCAGGGGUCGAGUGUACAGUAAAAGUCCUUUAAUCCAGAAUGCAGGGCGUCUUGUAUCUUCCGGAUCAGCAGAUUUUUCGGAUAACCAGGAGGGGAGCUCAGAAUGUUCCAAAGACACCAAAAACGUACAGACACAGCCACUGGACCUCAACACCUGGGAGGAUUCAGACGACACCGCUGGCUCCCAAGCCAGGCACUGCACAGCCACGCCCUUGACCCAGGACACCAAGAAGGCACACAUACAUAUAUACACAUGUACAUAUAUUUGAUAUAGACUGUACAUUAUGCCUUACAAUGACAUUUGCAACAAUGUGAGGGCGAGGUGGUGGCAGUGAGGUCAGCAGUGCUUGUAGAGAAAUCAAAGUACGAGACAGGCCAUGCGUGGUCAUGAUGCAUACACCCUUCCUCAUGUCUGUUCAUUUUGACAUUUUCAUCGCUUGUGUCUGUGUUUUUGUUUUCUUUUACUGAUUGGAGCGUCCACGUGGGUGCGGAAUUGGAUAGUUCGGUGCAUCACUGGUGUCCAUUUUUCAGUAUUUUCUUUUUUUCCACAAUUUUUCUUGCUGUUAUCCGAAAAUGAUAAAAAUGAUCCUCAGCUUAAAAUCCCAAACCAUCAGGAUUUCCGAAGUACUGGACGCCAGAUUAUUGGACUUUUACUGUAUGUGACUGUGUAAGAAACAGUUAAAACCAGCUUUGCAGAAGUCAUGGGAUGUAAAAGCUUGUUUCUGUUUUGGUCUGCAUUUGGUUCAGUAACAACCAAAACAUCUUGGAGUUGCACAGGAGAAUGGAUUGAUAGUGAUUAAUUAUUCCAUACACUUCCUAUUUUUUUCACUUAUUAUUCAUAUUUUACUUUAAUAUUAUUUAUUAGUUUUACAUUAUUUCAAGACAGUUUUAUGUAUUUUUAACUCCAUGGUUCAGUUUGUAUUUGUUGUUCCUUGUGUCAAGUGUAGGCGAGCCAAGGGAUCAGGUACAGAAAUUUUUGUUGUCACAUCUUUUACAACAGAUUUGCCCAUACAAAAUCAGCUCUGGCUAUGAUCAUGUCAAGGCCUCAAAGUUACUCUUUCAAAGGUGGCAUCUGCUCGAUACUUAGUUUGAGGUUGGCACAAUGAUCUUAUAUUCACAACUGGCAUUCACCAUCUCUCACUGACUAUAAUGCUGCUAGCUAAUGAAAUCAUUCACACCUGAAAUCAGCAUUUGACACCAUUCACUACAUAUAGAACACAUACCAAAAUAUGUUGAUAUGCUAAAGGAUGGAAGUUUAUACAGGAUACCUUAUUGUACAAAGAACAAUGGUUUCAUACAGCUUCCAUAUGGCAGUAGGUGGAAAAAUCAAAUUACAAACAAAAUUGUAUGGAUGUGAAACUAAAACAACGGAGAAAUAUCAUUUUACCACAAGCCUUUUGCCGCCAUAGUCUCAGUUGUCUGAAUUACAGAACAUUAGGCCAUUGGUACUUCUUGCUGGGAAGUUAUUUUAUUUUGUUGGCUCACCUCACUUUGUUCAGAGAUUAAUUUGGUAUGGGAUAGUGUUUAUCUUAAAAAAAUACCUCCCUACAACCUCAUAGUUUUGCCUGUACUUGAUUAAUAAGUUGUCACAUACCUAAUUCUUAGCAUGUGUUCCCAGUAAAGUGUUUGGCCUUUCCCACCUUUUCCCCAGCCAUGGUUUUGUCCUUACCUGUGCUGUGUAACUUGUUCAGGGCAGCAGGAGACCCACAGUCCAGAGUCAGGGUGACACCAGAGUUUGGCCUGCAGAAGUAGCCAGGGAGGUGCUUAGUGUAAGUGUUGCCUUGUGGUCAACCUUCGUUAUAGCAAAUGACAUAAGUGAAAUAAACUAAUAUAUUCUAACAUGGGUUAUGGAGAUUUUUUCAUAUUCCAAACGUGCAAAAGUUGACUUUUAAGAUAAAAUCAAAUUUACGAUCAUCCGUCUGCAUCAAAAUUUACCAUUUACUAGUUUUGUGACAAUUUAAUUAUAUAUUUGAGAAAUAUAUAAUCAUGUUUGCCUCAAGUAACAAGACUCCUGCUAUAUUUUUUCUUACUGAUUGAAAGUUUAGGCAUAAUUUCAUCAAGAUUUGGAUGAACAUGAAAAGAAGGGAUUCUUAUUAUGGGUGUAGUGUUAACUGGUUCAUAAAAUCUGGCAGAGUACAAAAUGAUUUUUUAAGCAGCAUGAAUUAACGGUAUUUUGUUUUCUACCUGAGUGUGUAGCAUAUUUAGGUUAAAACACAGGAUUCAUAUAAAUUAUGUCAAAUGUUUGAACUUGUUUGGUAUGUUGGGUCAAGUGGAGCCUCUUUUGGCAUAUAUUGAAAAGAGAUAGUUUAAAUGUUUACCUUGUUUGGCAAUUAAAUAUUGUUUCUCAACAUGCCCGAUUGUUGUUAUUAUUAUUGUUAUAAUAAGUUGAAUCAAUGGCAUGACUGUGUUUGAAAUUUUUUAAACAGCACUUGCCUUGGGAAUAAGAAAAGGACCUGCAUAAGUUUGUAUAAAAUGUGAAUGUGUGUGUGUGUGUGUGUGUGUGUGUGUGUGUACAGGUGUGUUGUGGCUGUGUGUACAGGUCUCCAGGUUGCCUCACACACACACUAAAAGAAAAUUACCUGUUGUAGUGGUGUAGCAUAAACUCUUUUUUUGCAAA